AUGACUUCCACCACUCUCCACACGCCGCACACCGGCAAGUACGAGCAGCCGACCGGCCUCUUCAUCAACAACGAGUUCGUCAAGGGCGUCGACGGCCAGACUUUCGAGGUCAUCAACCCCGCCACCGAGGAGGUCAUUUGCUCCGUCCACGAGGCCACCGAGAAGGAUGUCGACAUUGCCGUCGCUGCGGCCCGCAAGGCCUUCGAGGGCGAGUGGAGGAAAGUCACUCCCCAGGAGCGCGGCAAGCUGCUCGUCAACCUCUCGAUUAAGUUUGAGGAGAACAUGGACCUCCUCGCUGCCGUCGAGUCGCUGGACAACGGCAAGUCCAUCACCAUGGCCAAGGCCGACGUGGGCAACUGUGCCGCGACCCUGAGGUACUACGGUGGCUGGGCGGACAAGAUCCACGGCAAGGUCUGCGAGACCAACCUCGAGACUUUCUCGUACAUCAAGAAGGAGCCUAUUGGUGUCUGUGGCCAGAUUAUUCCCUGGAACUUCCCCCUGCUCAUGUGGGCGUGGAAGAUCGGUCCCGCCAUUGCGACCGGUAACACUGUCGUUAUCAAGACUGCCGAGCAGACUCCCCUCUCCGCGCUGGUCGCCGCCAGCCUGAUCAAGGAGGCUGGCUUCCCUCCGGGUGUCAUCAACGUCAUCUCUGGUUUCGGCAAGGUCGCUGGUCAGGCCAUUGCCUCGCACAUGGACGUUGACAAGAUCGCCUUCACUGGUUCGACCGUCAUUGGCCGUCAGAUCCUGAAGUCUGCUGCUGGUUCCAACCUGAAGAAGGUUACUCUCGAGCUCGGCGGCAAGUCGCCCAACAUCGUCUUCGAGGACGCCGAUAUCGACAACGCCAUCUCCUGGGUCAACUUCGGUAUCUUCUUCAACCACGGCCAGUGCUGCUGCGCCGGCUCCCGUAUCUACGUCCAGGAGAGCAUCUACGACAAGUUCCUGGCUCGCUUCAAGGAGCGCGCCCUCAAGAACGUUGUCGGCGACCCCUUCGACCAGGGCACUUUCCAGGGCCCUCAGGUCUCUCAGCUGCAGUUCGACCGCAUUAUGAGCUACAUUGAGCACGGCAAGAGCUCCGGUGCCACCUGUGAGACUGGUGGCAAGCGCAAGGGCGACAAGGGUUACUUCAUUGAGCCCACCAUCUUCUCCAACGUCACCGAGGACAUGAAGAUCAUGCAGGAGGAGAUCUUCGGCCCCGUCUGCGCCAUUGCCAAGUUCAAGACCAAGGAGGAUGCUAUCCGCAUUGGCAACAGCACCACUUAUGGUCUGGCCGCAGCUGUCCACACCACCAACCUGAACACCGCCAUCGAGGUCUCGAACGCCCUCCGCGCCGGCACCGUGUGGGUCAACUGCUACAACAUGCUGCACCACCAGCUUCCCUUCGGUGGCUACAAGGAGUCGGGUAUCGGCCGCGAGCUCGGCGAGGCUGCCCUGGACAACUACGUCCAGACCAAGACCGUUUCCAUCCGCCUGGGCGACGCUCUUUUCGGUUAA